CCCGGAAGUGGGUUUUAGCUGCGUUUGACAGUGAUAAGAAAUGAACAACGUGUUGAUUUCAUUGAAUAUUUUCAUAACUUGUUUCUGCACAUAAAAGCUGUUCUUAUUUUGAAGAAAUCUUCAGCCUUUGUAUUCCUGCCGUUGCUCUUGGGGAAGAUAAAAUGGAGGGACCUUUAUCACUGUCCUCAUUGAGACUCCUGGUUCCACCUCUGCGGAUGAUGUCUGCCGUAAUGUGGAAGGUGGUUCAUCUGAGAAAUGUAAAGCAUUAUGGGAAAGUGGAGGAGUUUGUGUCUUUAGCAGCUGAAACGAUCCCGGACAUACUGACAGACAGGCAGACCAGACUCCUCACUUUGGGUUUAAGAGCGAAGAUGACUUUACAGAUGUUAAGUUCUGAACAGUCAGAUGAUCUCAGAAGUGUUAAAACACACUUGGACAACCUUCUAUCAGCUUAUCCGGGUCAAGUUCAUCCAGGAAGUGAUGCUCUUGAGGCCAAUUUUGUGAGGCUUGUUCAGAGACUUCUGGAAGACCCUGAGGGAAGAGAAAACUUUCUCAAGAAUGAGUUUCUAGUGGAAUAUGGUCCUGAGUUUGAUGAUGCGCUGGAGACACUGGUUUGUGAGUUCUUUACCAGACUGGAGGAACUGCUGCCUGUACCAGACUUUAAACAGACUGCGAUGUGGCUCAGUGAUUCACCCAUAGACGAGUACAUGCAGUGCACAUCUAAAGAAGCUGACAUUAAAGUGCUACUGCAAAGUAAGACGUACCAUGGAAAAAUGGCCAAUGAACCUUCUCCCUCAGAGCAUCGGCUUUUCAUGUCAUUGUCUCUCCCUCCACCUACGAGUGAGGACAGCACUCCCCCAGCAGAUAAAUACACUCAAGAAAACUGUUUGAGUGCUGGAGAUGCUGAAGGUCGCUGGGAAAAAUCAGAUAAACAAAAAGAACCUGAGUGUUUUCCUCAUGAGGAGGCAGCAGAUAUAGAGACACUGGAUACAGGAUGUGAGAGGGAAUCGCAGACUGUGAACAAUGCAGCAGAAGGAAGAACCACGUGCAGUGACAAUGUUCUCGAUCGUGUUUCGGUGACGUCCCGACCUCAUUCUUCAUCUGUCGUGACUUCUGUAAUAUCCAACUCUAUGAUCGGACCUCUGAAGCAGAGAGUUGCACAUAAAUGUUCUCAUUGUGGAAAGUGUUACAUUUACCGCUACAAACUCGUGGAGCAUCUGAGGCUACACACCGGUGAAAACCCGUACAAGUGCUCGCAGUGCGGGAAGGCCUUUCGCAGGACGUCUGAUAUGUCCACUCACAGACGGACACAGUGCUCUAAAGCUGCUUAUAUUUGUAUCAAAUGUGGAAACGCCUUUCAGUCUGCUCAGGACAAAUUCAGACACAGGUGCAUCCAGAACGCACAGACUGUCCAAACGUUUGACUGUUCUCAAUGUGGAAAAAGCUUUAAGAAAAUGUAUUUGCUGAGUAAGCACGAGGCGAUUCACACCAAAGAUCGCAUUUACACGUGCAGACAGUGUGGGGAAGUCUACCCCAGUAUGAGCGAGUUAAAAACCCACCAGAAGCUGCAUCCUCCUGAACUGGCUAAUCAGUGCAUGCAGUGUGGGAAGUUUUUCAGCUCCUCUGCUAGUUUGGCCGCCCAUGAACUGCGUCACAGACAACAGAAAACGCAGAUAUGUGUGCGUUGCGGCAAAGGUUUUAAAAGCAGCCAUGACCUGACGCUUCACAUGCGCAGUCACACAGGUGAGAGACCUUAUCAGUGCACGUACUGUGGAAAAAGAUUCUCUGUGUCAGGAAAUCUGAAGAUACACAUACGGAUCCACACUGGAGAGAAACCAUAUCUGUGUUCAGACUGUGGAAAGGCCUUUAUUUCAGCCGGGGAGCUGCAGAUACACAGACGCACCCACACAGGGGAAAGGCCCUACAAAUGCACUAUAUGUGGAUGUGGAUUCACCAUGGCAAGUAAACUGACCCUUCAUAUGCGCAUUCACACCGGAGAACGGCCUUAUGUCUGCUCUGAAUGUGGGAAGGGUUUUUCAAGAGGCACUGAGCUGAAAAAACACACCAUGAGCCACACAGGUGUUCGACCCUACUCCUGUCAGAUCUGUUCUAAGACGUACACAUGUGUCAAUCACCUGAAGAGACACUUGAAAACCCACAGCGUUGGUCAAAGCCCGUGAGGUUGUGUUAAGAUGAGCUUGGACAAGGAAAACCCACACAGUCAUGAUAUUUAAUGACAUGAAUGUUAUCCACCUGCAGCUCACUUCUAAUGGUUAAGGUGUCGACUCUUUUAUCACUUUGGCACUUUUUUUAAAGCUGUGUUGUGGUUUGUCAGAUCUACUGUAAAUGUAACCUCAAAAAUAUGUAAUAUUUUUGUUCUAAAAAGUCCAAAUAUACAUGUUUAGAGAUUGUCUAUGUUAUAAGGUGCUUAUUUCCUGUCAGGCAGAUUUUUAAUGUUGAGUAGCAGUGUUAUCCAAGUGUUGAAUAAAUCUUCAAAGUUUUGUAACAAGAAGUCAUAAAAUGUAGGUUAUUGU